AUGACUAAUUCUAAUUUUUCAUCACCACGCGUACCACGUCCACCACGCUUUCGAGAAGAUGUCAUCUCGAGAAGGUUUGCCUCUGCAGACGAAGAUUCCAUCAAAGCAUCAGCAGAUAGAUGCUUUGACUUUCUAUCGAAAUUAGCAACAAAGGACAAAGGACCCCUAAGCGCAGCUAAGAGGCUUGGCACGGAAAAGGCGAGUAACGUUUCUGGGGAAGAAUUACGAAUGGCAUUGGGAAAAAAUUCAAUUUCUAACACGAAGAACCCCAAGACGGGAAAGCCAGCUCAAAUCUCAGGAAAUUUUAGGCACAGCUCGGUCAACUUGUCACAUGGCAGUUUCGCAUUUGGUAAGGACAGCAAACAUCGAGCCUUGUUAGUUCGCGCAGGUAAUAUACCCUCCUUUCGAUCUAGCAAGAAACUAUAAGACGAAGAGGAUUAUUUUUUGAAAGGCUCCAUGAGACAAGGGCUCAGGUUUGAUGCGAACUAUCUUGGUUGAAUGUGCCAAUUAGACAGUAUAGAUAAGACCUCUGGUAGAACAUAGUCUAUGCUUAAUAAAUACAACUGGUUGCAUGCCAUCAAAUAUGGCCAAAAGCGCAGAAGACAAGACGACUCCCUGCUGCCAUGUAUCCAAGACGCCUUUACCUAAGUACAUGAAAUCUGCGCCAGGAGCACCAUGCCCGAAGCGGGUUAUACUCCCGGAAUAGAGGCAGAAAACUGAACUUCCUUCACCAACGCCUGAUGGUAGACGCAGAAACAAUCAUAACAGACACAGUGUAGCUAGGACUAAAAUGAAUCCCCACGACGUCAAUGAGCAUUAUUGGAAUUCUAAUGGCGAGGCUCACAAACAAAAUGACGAGACCAGUGCAAAUAGAUUGAUGACGGACAUCCAAUUUCAUGACACUUCGAGAAAACCUUUGACGAUCAUUGGUCAGCAGACAGAUUACAUCACUUUAAAAAGUACCAAUGUUUUGGAUGCUAAGGAGCCUUUCUGUCAGGUGAACAAGACAGAGCGGGAUGAAGAGGCAUCCUUUUGGUAA